AUCUCUACCAGCAGAUGGAGCAACAGCAACACGCCGAUUCCAUCUCCAAAUGAAGAGGGGGAUCAAACCCAAUUAGACCACAGUCCGCUCUCUUUCCUCCUCCUCCUCCGCCGCCGCCGCCGCCGCUCUCCGGCCAAAACCAUGUUGGCGUCACUCUCUCUCCGACGCUCCCUCCACUCCCUCCGCCCCCGCCACCGCCACCUCAUAGUCCUCUCUUCCUCCUCCGCCGUCCCCCGCGCCUUCUGCUCCGACGCCGCCGCCGCCGGCACCGCCACCACCUCGUCCUCGUCCUCCGAGGUCCGCAAGUACCUGGGCUACACCGCCCUCGUCCUCUUCUGCGGCGCCGCGACCUACUACUCCUUCCCCUUCUCGGACAACGCCAAGCACAAGAAGGCCCAACUCUUCCGCUACGCCCCGCUCCCCGAGGACCUCCACACCGUCUCCAACUGGAGCGGCACCCACGAGGUGCAGACCCGCGUCUUCCACCAGCCCGAGAGCUUGGCCCAGCUCGAGGAGGUCGUCCGGGAGGCCGACGCCAAGAGGGCGCGGAUCAGGCCCGUCGGGUCGGGUCUGUCCCCGAACGGGAUCGGGUUGUCCCGGGCGGGGAUGGUGAACCUGGCGCUCAUGGACCGGGUGUUGGCGGUGGACAAGGAGAGGAAGACGGUGAGGGUGGAGGCCGGGAUAAGAGUGCAGCAGCUGGUGGAUGGGAUUAAGGAGCACGGCCUCACUCUCCAGAACUUCGCUUCCAUUAGGGAGCAGCAGAUCGGUGGCAUUGUCCAGGUUGGCGCACAUGGCACUGGUGCCAGAUUGCCUCCCAUUGAUGAGCAGGUCACCAGUAUGAAAUUGGUUACUCCUGCCAAGGGUACAAUUGAGGUUUCAAAAGAGAAGGACCCAGAACUCUUCUAUCUGGCUAGGUGUGGUCUUGGGGCCCUCGGUGUGGUUGCUGAAGUAACCCUGCAAUGUGUUGACAGACAAGAGCUUGUGGAGCAUACAACUGUGUCAACCAUGCAAGAAAUCAAGAAAAAUCACAAGAAAUUGUUGUCUGAGAAUAAACAUGUAAAGUAUCUGUAUAUUCCUUAUACAGAUACUGUUGUGGUUGUGACCUGCAAUCCUGUCUCAAAAUGGAAAGGUCCACCUAAAUUCAAACCCAAGUAUACAGUGGACGAAGCUUUGCAGCAUGUGCGGCAACUCUACCAGGAGUCACUUCAGAAGUAUCGCCCUGAGGUUAAAUCCUCCAAUGAUGAUGAACCAGACAUAAAUGAGCUCUCUUUCACAGAGCUGAGAGAUAAACUGCUUGCCCUGGAUCCUCUCAAUAAGGACCAUAUCAUAAAGGUUAAUCAAGCUGAGGCUGAUUUCUGGAAGAAGUCAGAGGGAUAUAGGGUGGGUUGGAGCGAUGAAAUAUUAGGCUUCGACUGUGGUGGCCAGCAGUGGGUCUCAGAGACUUGUUUUCCUGCCGGAACUCUAUCUAAGCCAAGCAUGAAAGAUCUUGAAUAUAUAGAAGAGCUGAAGCGGCUUAUAGAGAAGGAGGAUAUACCUGCACCUGCUCCUAUAGAGCAACGAUGGACAGCUUGUAGCAAGAGUCCCAUGAGUCUAGCAUCAAGUCCAGCAGAAGACGACAUAUUCUCUUGGGUUGGGAUUAUUAUGUACCUUCCAACAAGCGAUGCUCGUCAGAGAAAGGAGAUAACUGAAGAAUUUUUCCACUAUAGGCGUCUGACACAGGAACGGUUGUGGGAUCGGUAUUCUGCUUAUGAGCACUGGGCUAAGAUCGAGGUUCCAAAAGACAAUGAAGAGCUUGCUGCCCUGCAAGCAAGACUAAGGAAACGCUUUCCGGUAGAUGCGUACAACAAAGCACGGAGAGAGUUGGACCCCAACAAGAUCCUUUGUAAUAAUAAACUGGAGAAAUUGUUUCCUCCAUCAGAAUCCCCGUGAAAAUCAGCCUGGAAUUGGUUAGUCAAUAAUUUUGAUACGGCUCUACUUUCUUCUGUCAUCAAUUCUUAUGCAGUCAUUUAAGAAAGUAGGAUUCCAUAAGAUGUUGGCUGUUGAAUAAAUUGGAGCUCUAUGUAUUUGCAUGAUAAAGAGCGGCACACUGUGUUGGGAAUAAACCCAUGUUCAGCGUCGACAUCUACUCCAGCAUCCUCUUUGAUUAGGCAUCAUGUGGCCUCAAAACUGAGAUCUUUUGGUCUUUUUUGCAGUAUUCCUGGGAAAAUGACCGUUGAAAAAAUGUUCGCUUGCUGGGCUGUAAAGUGAUUUGAUUAUUCGAGCUUUAGAUUAUACUCAUCAAAUUUA